AUGAUAAGAAUAUUUAAAAAGAAUAAAAGUUAUAAUUGGCAAUCAAAUUUACUAAUACUACUAUUUUUACUUAUAAAAUUUUGUUAUUCUUUUUCUAAUGAAAAUUGUGAAAGUUCAAGUAAUUGCAAUAAUGUAACAUCAUGUUAUUUUGGAGCAUGUAGUCAAAUAUGUAGUAAAAAUGAAAAUAGUAUAUCAUGUUCAUGUGAAGGUGGAUAUUAUUUAUUAAAAGAUAAUUUUACAUGUAAAAGUGUAUCACUUAAUCAUCCAUUAUUAGUUUAUGCAGCAAGUUUUGAAAUAAGACUUGUUAAUCUUGAAAAAAUGUCUCCAAUUCCAAGAACUGCAGUUGUUCCACAUCAUAUGGCAUCAAGUGUCUCAUUAUUAUCAAAUGUUAGAAAUACAGUAGCAUUAGAUUAUUAUUAUGAAGAUCCUAAUAAUAUAACAAUAUUUUGGGUUGAUAUUAAACGUAGUAGUAUUAAUAGUGGUCGUCUUAAAAAAGGUUUACUUGUUGAUGUUAAGCCUAUUAUUACUUUUGGUAUACAUACACCUGAAGGUAUUGUUGUAGAUUGGAUUGUUAAAAAUAUAUAUUGGGUGGAUUCAAAAUUAGAUCAAAUAUUUGUUUCAGAUUUUAAUGGUAAAUAUGUUACAACAAUAUUAAGUGUAAAUAUAACAAAUCCACGUGGAAUAGCAGUAGAUCCAAGUUUAGGAUAUUUAUUUUGGAGUGAUUGGGAUAUAAAAAAUCCACGUAUUGAACGAUCAAAUAUGGAUGGUAGUGAUAGAAAAGUAAUUUAUAAAUCUAAUGUAUCUUCUGAGGAUGGUUGGAUAAAUUCUAUUUCAUUAGAUUAUAUAGCAAAAAGGGUAUAUUGGGUUGAUGCAAAAAGUGAUAAAAUAUUAUCAACAGAUUAUGAUGGAAAUGAUAUGAAAGAAAUAUUUAAUGAUUCAAUGUUUAUUGAACAUCCUUUUGGUGUAGAGGUAUUUGAAAAUCAUGUAUAUUGGGGUGAUUGGAAAACAUUUUCAAUUUAUCGUGCCAGUAAAUGGAAUGGUUCACAUAUUGAAGUUGUUGAUAUAAGACCAUUUGGUAUUCCAUUAGGUAUUCGUAUUAUUCAUCCAUCAAGACAAAAUAAAAUAAUGAAAAAUCCAUGUAAAGAUAAUGGUGGAUGUUCACAUAUAUGUCUUAUUAAAACAAAAAAUUCACGAACAUGUGGAUGUCCUCAUAUGAUGGUAAUUGAUGAAUCAGGAAUAAAUUGUAAAAUGGCUAAUUUAAGUAUAUUAAUGGUAAAAGGUGAUGAUUUAUAUAUGUAUGAUUUAGAAUAUAAUACUUCAAUACGAUAUCCAUUUUUAAAUUUAUAUGAUGAAAAAAUAAUUGAUUUUACUAUUGAUACAAUUAGAAAUAUAACAUAUUGGAUUGGAAGUAAAAGUAAUAAUAUUCAGGGAGUAAAUUAUGUACAAUCACAUCCAACAUCAAAAAUUAUUGGUGGAUUAAGAGAUUUUAAAUAUAAUGAAAAAUAUUUAUCAUUAAAUGUUGAUAUAGUUACAGGUUUAAUUUAUUACAUAACUAAAACAUUAAAUUAUAUAUCAUUUAAUGUUAUCAAUCCAGUAAAUGGAUUUGACAAAUUAUUAUUUAACAAUAAUAUGUAUAAUUUUAUUAAAAAUCCAGAAAAAUUGAUUGUUGCUUAUAAAAAAGGAUUCAUACUAUGGUUUGAUACUGGAUAUGACAAUUUUAAAAUUUUUAAAGCCUCUUUAGAUGGUGGAAAUAUUGAAGAAAUAAAAAUAAUGGAUAAUAAUAGAGGAAAAAUUAUUUCUUCUGCAUCAAUUGAUCCUAAUAAUGAUUAUAUAAUUUAUUCAAAUGAUACAACCGAAAGUUAUGUUAUAAUAUUAAAAGAUGGUUCUUUAAAAAAAAUUAAUUUUAAUAAUUAUAACUAUGGAAAAAUAUCAUCAGUUUCUUUUUUAGAAAGUAAAAAUAGUUUUUUAUGUUAUAAUAUAAAUGAAAAAAAGUUAGUUAUGAUGCGUAUGAAUAAUAAUUUUAUUGUUACUAAUAUUGAUCAAAUAAUUGAAAUAGAAAAUGAUAGUUUAGAAAAUCAUAAUUUAGUUAGAAUUAUUGAUAAAACUCCAAAUGAUAUAGUUAAUGAAAAAGAUAUAAAUUGUGAAAAAUUAAAUUGUAGUCAAAUUUGUAUUAGAAUUAAUAAUAAUUUAUCUGAUAGAAAAUGUUUAUGUGGAGAUGGUUUUAUGGUUGAAGAAAAUAAAUGUUACUUAAAAAAUGAUACUUUUAUUGGUAUUAAUAAUAAUAGUCAAGUUGUUUUAGUUAAUGGAAAAAAUUCUUCAGAUAUGGAUGUUGUCAUAAAAUUACCUGGUGAAGCACAUCAUUUAAUUCCUACCUCAAUUUCUUUUGACCUAAAACAAUCUAUUUUAUAUUUUAUUGAUAAUAAGACAUUAAGUCUUUGGAUGUUUGAUUUAUAUAAUAAUUCAGCUACCAAACUUUUAGUUAACUCUCCACAUGCACAAAUGAAGGCUGUUGCUGCUAAUCCUAUUAAUGGAUUAAUUUAUAUUUCUUCAAUAUUACAUGAUGAAGAAGAGAAAUAUAAUAUAGUUGAGUAUCUUGAUCCAAAACGAAUAGAUUUAAGAAAUGUUAUAUUAAAAAUAAAAAAUGAUACUAUAUAUGAUUUAUUCAUUGACUAUAAAAAUGGUAUAUUAAUUAUUAUAACAUUGAAUAUGACAAAAUAUAAAUUUUAUGUAUGGACAAGUGAUUUAGAUGGCUCAAACUUAAAAUUUUUAUAUGGUGGAUAUAAAUUUAAAACUCCACCAAAAAAUAUAUUUUUUUUAACAACAAAAUCAAGUAUUAUUGGAUUAAAUGAUAAUAAUAAAUGGGAAUCAUUUGAUUAUAAAACAUUAAAAGUAUAUAGAGAUGAAAAAUUUACAGAUUUAACACUUCAAAAACAUUUAAUUUCAAGAAUAAAAAAAGGUGAUUUUAUUGAUAUAGAUUAUGCCUCUGUACCAGUAACAAAUAAAUGGAUUAAAAUAAAUAAAUGUGAAGAAAAUAAUGGUGGUUGUGAAGAGAUUUGUUUUCAUAAAAAUUAUAAUAAAAUAUUUUGUGCCUGUGUUUUUUCAAAACUUGAUCAACAUAACAAAACUUGUGAAACUUAUCCUGCAUAUCUUGCAUAUUCACUUGGUAUUCAAAUUGAUUUUGCUCCAAUAUUUGGAGAUAUUGAAACAUUUAGAUUGUCAAAUGAAGCAUUUCUUGAGGCAGGUUCAAUGAAAAAAGCCUUAAAAACUAUUGAAGCAACAGAUUCAAUAAAUAAUGCAUAUACAUUAACUGUUGAUAUGGAUGAAAAACAAUAUAUUAUUGCUGAUAAUGGUGCACAUAGAAUAGCUGCUGUUACUUUUGAUGGAAUGGAUAAUUAUAUAAUUUCUGAGUAUAUUGGUCCAGUUGAAGGUGUAGCAUUUGAUCCAAUAGAAAGAAAUAUUUAUUUUACAUCAAGAAAUACUAUACAAAAAGUUUCAUUUUUAUCAACAAAUAUUACUCAUUAUCCUGUAGAAAGUGAAAUAAUAUUAAAACUAGGUAAACGUGAUAAACUUCGUGGUAUUGCUAUUGAUGGAUGUAGAAAAAUAAUAUUUUAUUGUAAUUAUCGUGAAGAUUUACCAAGUAUUGAAAAAGUAACAUUUAGUGGAUAUAAAAGAGAAAAAAUUAUUAAAAAUAAUAUUUUAUCACCAACAUUUAUGGCAAUUGAUUAUAAAUCAACUAAACUUUAUUGGGUUGAUGGACAAUUAAAUAAAAUUGAAAGAAUAGAUUAUGAUGGUAAACAUAGAGAAAAUAUUUUAUUAUCAGAUGAUGAAAUAAAAAAUGAAAAAGAUGAAAAAAAAGAAGAUAAAGGUAUUCAUCCAUUUGGUAUAGCAGUAUAUGGUGAUUAUAUUUAUGUAACUGAUUGGAAACAACGUUCAGUUAUUAUGAUUGAUAAAAUAACAGGUGGUAGAUCACAUAUUAUAGCAAAAAAUUUUUAUUUACAACCAUUUGGAUUGACAGUUGUUGCUAAAGAAAUUAAUGAUUGUGGUAUUGAUGCAUGUACAAUUAAUAAUAAUCUUGGUUGUCAAGAUGUUUGUAGACUUACAGCUUCAGGAAUACCACAUUGUUCUUGUAAUGGUGAAAGAGUUCUCCUUCCUGAUAAUAAAACAUGUACUGAUGAUUAUUUUAAUAAAUGUUCUAAAGAUCAAUUUACAUGUUCAUCAACAUUAACAUGUAUACCAUAUAUUAAUGUUUGUGAUGGUAUUAAAGAUUGCCAAAAUGGUGAAGAUGAAGUUGUUGAAUUUUGUACAGAAAGAGUAUGUCGUGAUGGAUAUUAUUCAUGUGGUAAUGGACGUUGUGUAGAUGAUCCAUCUCAAUGUGAUAAAAUAUUUCAAUGUGAAGGUAAUUUUUUUAAUGGAAAUGAUUGUAAAUGUGAUCCUGGAUAUAUUUUUGAUCAAAAAGAAAGAUUAUGUGCCUUAAUACGUAUAGAUUAUAGGAGAAAAGAAAAAUGUGGAAAUAUUACAUGUUUAAAUGGUGGAAUUUGUGAUAAGAAAAAAAAUAUAUGUUUAUGUCCUGGUGGUAUAAGUGGAAAAAGUUGUGAAAAUGAUCCAUGUUAUAAUAGAUGUCUUAAUAAAGGUAUAUGUACAAUGUCAACAAAAGGUUCUCCAUCACCACAUUGUGAUUGUCCAAUUGAAUAUCAUGGUGAAAGAUGUGAAAAAUUAAAAUGUGCUGGAAGAUGUAAUAAAAAUGGUAUAUGUAUAGUUGAUGAAAUUACUGGACUUCCAUUAUGUCAUUGUAAUAUAGGAUGGAGUGGAGAAAAUUGUGAAAUAUCAGAAUCUGUUUGUAAAGAUUUUUGUUUUAAUAAUGGACAUUGUUUAGAGGCACAUAAUAAUUUACCAUAUUGUAAUUGUCCAAGAAAUUAUAAUGGUCUUCAAUGUGAAAAUUGUAUUACAAAAGAUAAUUUACCAUUAGAAUGUAAAAAUGGUGGACAUUGUGUUGAUAGAAGUUAUUGUAAAUGUACUAAUGGUUUUAAUGGAUUAAAUUGUGAAGUUAAUAUAUGUCAAUUUCAUUGUUUUAAUGAUGGAAAAUGUAGUACUGAUGAAAAUGGAAAACCUUUAUGUGAAUGUCUUCCAUCAUAUUAUGGAGAUAGAUGUGAAAAUAGUAUUUGUGAUUCAGAAAUUGAUCCAUGUAAUGGAAAUGGUCUUUGUCUUCCAAUACCAAAUAUUAUAUCAAAAAAAAAUUAUACAUGUCUAUGUAAUUCUAGAUAUGAAGGUGAAAAUUGUAGUAAAAAAAUUGGUGUUCAUGAAUAUUGUAUAAAUUCAAUAAAUAUUUUACCAAUUUUAGAUAAUCCAGAUGAGGUGGAGUGUGAAUGUCUACCAGGAUAUACAGGAUCACGUUGUGAAAUACCAGAAUUAUGUAUAAAUUAUUGUAAAAAUAAUGGAAAAUGUAAUUAUGAUUAUGAAACAGGUAAACGUAUAUGCAAAUGUGUUAAAGGAACUGCUGGACCACAAUGUGAAAUAAUAACAGCAAAAAAUUGUUCUGAUAUAGAAUGUAAAAAUGGUGGUGUUUGUGGUUUAUCAUUUAAUAAAAAUGUUGAAUGUUAUUGUCAAUUAGGAUGGAAUGGUUUUGAUUGUACAUUACCAUCAUGUCAUGAUUAUUGUCAAAAUAAAGGUGAAUGUCAUAUAUUUGAUAAUGGAUUUGAAAGUACACCUUAUUGUAAAUGUAAAAAUGGUUGGUUUGGUGUACAUUGUACAUCAAAUUUAGCAUUAAAUCCUGAAAAUAAAAAUAAAGGUUCUUUCAAUUUUGAUGAAGAUAAUGAAAUUAAAUUUAAUAAAUGGUUAUACUUAUUUACAUAUUUUUUAUUUGGUAUUUUUAUUAUAGGAAUAUUACUUAUUUUAUUUUCCUAUUUUUAUAAAAAAAUAUCAAUAACAAAAUUAUUUAAUCAUCAUCGUCUUCAUAAUCCAUUAAAUAUUGGUUGUGAAAUGGAAGAAUUUAACAAUGAAGCUUUUAUGUUAGGUGAAGAAGCUGUUGAAAUACCUUCUGAAGAUGAUAGAAUAAAUUAUUCAAAUACAAUCAAUGGUAAUGUUUACAAUAAUACAGUAUUUAUAAUGAGUGAUCUCGAUAUGCGAUUAAGCAGGCAAAAUAUGACGUCGAAACCUGAAGCAGAAGAAUUGUUACAUCAAAAUAUGGAACAAAAUACCAAUGAUGAAAAAAUUUUUAAAUAA